CUUACUGCUGGAAUUGUCUUUGUGCGUCGUCUUGCGUGCUGUAUCUGUUGUUGCAGCAGGGAUAUCAGGAGUUACAUACCUUGUCCGAUAAUACCCAGCGAUCUCCAUUUGGAUACUCAUUAACUUAGUUGGAUAACUGACAAGUCACGAAGUCAAGAUGAGUGACAUGAGUGACCUUGACAGACAAAUUGAACAGCUGCGUCGCUGUGAGGUGAUUAAGGAGAGUGAGGUGAAGGCUCUGUGUGCCAAGGCCAGGGAAAUCCUGGUAGAAGAGAGUAACGUCCAGCGAGUGGACUCCCCCGUCACGGUAUGUGGAGACAUUCACGGUCAGUUCUAUGACCUCAAGGAACUGUUCAAAGUUGGAGGGGAUGUUCCCGACACAAACUACCUGUUCAUGGGGGACUUCGUAGACCGUGGGUUUUACAGCGUGGAGACAUUCUUACUACUACUAGCUCUUAAGGUCCGAUAUCCAGACAGGAUAACCUUGAUCCGAGGAAAUCAUGAGAGUCGGCAGAUCACGCAGGUGUACGGAUUCUACGACGAGUGUCUCCGCAAGUAUGGCUCCAUCACUGUCUGGAGAUACUGCACAGAGAUCUUUGACUAUCUCAGCUUAUCAGCAAUUAUCGAUGGGAAGAUAUUCUGCGUCCAUGGUGGUCUCUCACCUUCUAUUCAAACACUGGAUCAAAUCCGAGCUAUUGAUCGUAAACAGGAAGUGCCACACGACGGACCUAUGUGUGAUCUGUUGUGGUCAGAUCCUGAAGACAUGCAGGGCUGGGGGGUGAGUCCACGAGGAGCAGGGUACCUGUUUGGCAGUGAUGUGGUGGCACAGUUUAACGCUGCUAACGACAUCGACUUGAUCUGCCGAGCACAUCAGCUGGUGAUGGAGGGAUACAAGUGGCACUUCAAUGAAACAGUAUUAACAGUGUGGUCUGCCCCCAACUACUGCUACAGAUGUGGAAACGUGGCUGCUAUUCUGGAGUUAGACGAACACUUGCAGAGAGACUUCACAAUCUUUGAGGCAGCACCACAGGAAUCACGAGGUAUACCAUCGAAGAAACCACAGCCCGACUACUUCCUUUAACCAGCACCAUCUGUAGUUCAUGUACAUCCCAUUGUAAGAUACUCAUUUCACCGUCAUCUCAUCAACACAGAGGACACGAGACAGCGACAGCAGCCCAACUGGAAGUCUCACCCGUCUCAGUGUCAUGAGGUAGCCUAGUGGUUAAAGUGUUCAAUCGUCACACCAAAGACCUGGUUCGAUUCCCCACAUGGGUACAUUGUGUGAAGCCUGUUUCUGGUGUCCCCUGUCGUGAUAUUGCUUGGAUAUUGCUAAAGGCGGUGUAAAACUGCUCACCCACUCAAUGUCAUAACCUCUCAAACCGAGGUCAGGUCAAGUGCUGCGUGUUUUGGACCUCUGGAUUCAUGACAGCAUCACUGACACCUUGUACAGGCCGCUGUCUGUAGAAAAAGUGAAGAAGUUGUGCGAUUGAUUUAUGGCCUCUGUGGAGGAACACUGAAUCUAGCAACCUGUCAUUUUACCCAUACAUGUAUUUUAUUUUUUCCCCUAAAUUGUGGAUAUUCAUGUACAAUAAAGAAUUUGAACAAUU